GGUCAGUAUCUUGAGUCUAAUACGUCGAUCAUACCAUGUUGAAGAUGAGCGGGUGGCAGCGACAGAGCCAAAAUAACAGCCGGAACCUGAGGAGAGAGUGUUCCAGAAGGAAGUGCAUCUUCAUACACCACCACACCUGAAAGCAGAAACCGGUCCAAUUACAGUCAUGGCAGCUGAGUCUCUGCCUUUCGCCUUUGAGACAGUGUCCAGCUGGGAGCUGGAAGCCUGGUAUGAGGAUCUGCAGGAGGUCCUGUCCUCAGAUGAAAUUGGGGGCACCUAUAUCUCAUCCCCAGGAAACGAAGAGGAAGAAUCAAAAACCUUCACUACUCUUGACCCUGCAUCCCUAGCUUGGCUGACUGAGGAGCCAGGGCCAGCAGAGGUCACAAGCACCUCCCAAAGCCCUCGCUCUCCAGAUUCCAGUCAGAGUUCUAUGGCUCAGGAGGAAGAAGAGGAAGAUCAAGGAAGAACUAGGAAACGGAAACAGAGUGGUCAGUGCGCAGCCCGGGCUGGGAAACAGCGCAUGAAGGAGAAGGAGCAGGAGAAUGAGAGGAAAGUGGCACAGCUUGCUGAAGAGAACGAGCGGCUCAAGCAGGAAAUCGAGCGCCUGACCAGGGAGGUAGAGACCACACGGCGGGCUCUGAUCGACCGCAUGGUCAGUCUGCACCAAGCAUGAACUGUUGGCAUCACCUCCUGUCUGUCUCUCCCGGAGUGUACCCAGCACCAUCACGCCAGUGCCAAGCAUGUAAUCUCCAGUGCACAUGCUGAGGAGGGGACUGAGGGUAGACCAAAGGAGAGGGGCUUGUACACUGUACAUUCUUUAUUACUGUCCAUACCCAGUAAAGUGACUUUGUGUGAACAUUC